AGAGGCUCGUGAAAUCUCUCCAUUCACAAGCGAGCUGAUGGAUGUAAGAGAUGCGAGAUCUCAUUAUAUAUUCAGUACAUUCUCUCGAGACCACUGGAGACCUCACGAGUAGCGGUGAUACUUAGCUACAGAACGCCCACCUACACCACAUUUUUGACUCUGUCUUUUGCCUUGGAGCACGCAGACGUGAGAUGAUCGCAGAAUAAGGAUGAAUUCAUUGGCAGUAUCGGUGUUAAAACAGCCGCUUACGUUCUCAGCUCUGAAUGCAGCAGAUGAUUGCGUUGCGUGGACCGCACGCACUGACUUCUCUGAGAAACUGUGAUGUUUCUUUCCCCUAAGCGCUGUUAUCAGUAUUGAUCUGUGAUUUAAGAUGCCGAGGUUCCAGCAUUUAAACACCACUAGUAUGCCAAAUCACAAUUAUGAAUGGAGCUACGAAUACUACGACGACGAAGAGCCCGUGUCUUUUGAGGGACUCAAAGCACAUCGAUAUUCCAUCGUGAUUGGCUUUUGGGUGGGUCUAGCAGUUUUUGUCAUUUUUAUGUUUUUUGUUCUGACUCUUCUGACCAAAACAGGAGCUCCACACCCAGAGGCCGCGGAGCCUUACGAGAAACGAAUGCGUCUCACAAGCUGCGCCGAGGGUCUGGGUCGUCAAUGUGAGGCAGAUGCCCGAACAGGUCUCUCUCGCCCAUUGCUGGAAGAGUCCCGAUCUCUUUUUCAUUGUUACAUUAAUGAAGAAGAGCGAGAAGGAGGCAGGGCCACUGCUGGUGCUGCCCACGGAUGUACGGGCAGCGACGACUCCAGAGACCAGGUGGAAACGGUCGGCCUAGUCAUGCAAAGCAUGGUCAUGGAGACCAGAGCAGAACGAGAGGCGGCGCUGCUAGCGCAUUUUAACAUCCCCAACUUUGUGAACUCAGAACUGAGCUCUGCAUUGGGGGAUGAAGAUUUACUACUGGGCGAUCCACCGAUCAUAAUGGAGGAGGCCCGUCCGCGCUGUACCCAUCAUAUCAUUGACUAAACCACCAGUUUGAAGAUGGCCUUUAUUCACUCAUCAUGGCAUCAUUAUUGUCUUCAACUCAGCCUAUGAUCUUUGAAAAUGGAGAGUGGUGGUGUUUUUCUUCAAAAGCUCUGCUUUUGCAGUGUGAGCUUUAAGGCUGAGCUAUUUUCUGACAUCUGGGGUCUACAGUGAUGCAUGAUGUCAGUCUGAAAAAAGACUGUUGGGAAGCCUGUGUUUAGAAAAAGAUAUAUAUAUAUAUAUAUUUAAAGAAAAAAAAACAAUGAAAUCAAGGAUGUUGUUUCUGGUUGUAGGAAGACGAUCUUGAUGACAUACUUCAUUUCUACUAUCAGCAUGAUUAAAAAAAUCUCUUGAUGUGCAGUAGGAAGAUUUUUUUUAAAUCCAGCAAUGUACUUAUGUAGCCUAAUGGCAAAAUUGCAGCAAUUUGGUAUUGCACUGCCUGAUUCUCUAGGCUUGUUGUGUGAGCAAAUGUCUGAGUAGAAAAUAUCUCGCUGUCUGCACUUGAAAGCUUAAUCAGUAGCUUUCUGCAGAAUAUCUGCAGUAUACUUGCAUACUAACAGGCUGUAAUUAUCUGAGUACAGCUGCCUGAACUGCUAGAGCAAUGGAAUACUUCAGUUCUUUCUCCUGUUUAUAUAAACACCUAUAUGCCAAUACAAUUUUGUGAAAAGCUUCCCUUGGUGAAACUUUCACAUAAAUCCCUAACCCUAAGAAUAAAUCUCAAUGAAACUGCA